UUCCUAUGUUUAAAGGAGCAGAUCACUAUUUGGGACUUGCGUGACAAAAAAAACAAAACAGCUUUCGUAUCGUGAGAGGCAGUAAAUGGACUGAGCAUUUGCAUGGAUUUUUACGUCAUCUAAAAAAGUUGUAAUGCCAAAUUUAGGAUCAAGGAAGAAAGACAACCCAUCCAGAAUGGACAGCCACAAUGAGGAUCUGCCACAGUUGAGCAAUGAGGAUCAACUGAGCAUCAUGAACAAGGUGAGGAACGGAGAGUGGUCCAUCGAAGACGCUCUGAAGGAAGCCAGGAAGGAAAAGAAGCGGCUUUGCAAACAGAACAGCCAGACUGAAGAGGAACAGCAACCCUCACAGUACAACUUCAGUGUUCACAAGCACAACCGCUACAGGUGGCAGAAGCGGGUUCUUCAAAUUGAUUUUAAAACCAAAAUGCUGUGCAGCAUCGAGAAAGGCAUCAUCAAGCGGCAACUUCUCUUUUCGAUUGUCAAGAGUUGUGAUGAAGGAGUGGGUUCCAGGUUCUCCAUUUCCUUUAAAGGAUAUCAUGAUUAUGAGUUGGAGGCCACUUCAGUGGAAGAAAAAAACAAGAUAAUGCAGCUUGUGAAUCGGAUAAUUUAUGCGAACAUAUACAGUGACCCUGAAGAGUGUAAUGCAGAAACCCCUCAGCAGCCUGAAGCCUCACAGAGUCUUCGUGAAGGCGUCUUGUUGCUGCACAGAGGCGGCUUGGCAUCGUUCAGAUGGGUGAAAUAUAAGGUACAGCUGCGCCCAGGCGAGCUUACAAUGGUCCCCUUUAAGCAACGGGGCCCCGCUGACGGUGAGGGGUCGUCCUCUCCGGCCGUCCCCAUCGUGGUUCACCUUUCGGACGGAGACACCAGAGUACCGAAACCUCACGGCUCCGACACGUUCACCCUGAUCACACACAAGAAUGAGUACCAGUGA